AUGUCUGAAUCCGCUGCCUGGCCCCUCGCCGACGAUGCUCUCCAGCAAGAGCUCCUGGACAUGGUCCAGCAGUGCCAGCACUACCGCCAGCUGAAGAAGGGCGCCAACGAGGCCACCAAGACCCUCAACCGUGGUGUCUCUGAGCUCAUCAUUCUCGCUGCCGACACCAACCCUCUCUCGAUUGUUCUUCACCUUCCCCUCCUUUCCGAGGACAAGAACGUCCCCUACGUUUACGUCAAGUCGAAGACCGCCCUUGGCCGUGCCUGCGGUGUCUCCCGGGCCGUCAUUGCUUGCAGCAUCACCUCCAACGAGGGCUCCGAGCUUGCCGGCCCCAUCCGCGCCCUCAAGGACAAGAUCGAGAGACUCGCCAUCUAA